CGCUCCCGCGGGCGGAAGCCUCCUGGCGCUCGGCCCUCCGCCCCUCCCACCGGCGCGCGGCCCCGCCCAGGACGAGGGGCGGCGGGCGGGCAUCGCUGGGUCGAGUGGUCGGGAGAAGGCGAGGAUUACCCUCCCGGAGGCGUUGUCUGCGACUCGACGGAGGCUCCAACUUCCAGCGGCCCGGUCGGGAAAGGUACAGACUCCCAAGCCCCUCGGUCGGCGGCUCCAGCGGCCGCCAUUUUCCUCCAGGAGAGGGAAGACGAUCAGAGCCUCCUAAGAAAUAUACAGAAGUCAAGCCAUGGAUCCACCUGCACGUAAAGAAAAAACCAAAGUUAAAGAAUCUGUCAGCAGAGUUGAGAAGGCCAAACAGAAAUCAGCCCAGCAGGAGCUGAAGCAGAGACAAAGAGCAGAGAUCUAUGCCCUCAACAGAGUCAUGACAGAACUGGAGCAGCAGCAGUUUGAUGAGUUCUGUAAACAGAUGCAGCCUCCUGGAGAAUGAGGCCCCAGGUUCAAACCAGAUGGGAUCCUGAGAGCUUUGUUUGAGAGGGUGUUGCCAGUUUUAAGCUGAGAUGGCCCAUUUGGAGCCUUACAGAACUAGACCAGAAGACAUUUGUGGAUAAAUCUGAACUCACUUCCUGUGUGUAACUUCUAACUUCACUGGUCCCUCCAAUCUGAAUUGGCCGCAUGCUUGCUGAAGAGACUUGUUUUCUUCUAAGACAGUGGCUUUGUGUUUUGGGUUUUUUAAAAAAAACAAAAAAACACACACAAAAAAACACUUUUUCUAUUGUUUGAGAAAAAUCAGUGUUUCUCAUGAAACUCUAUCUUCUCCAAAAAUACAAAUAAAAUACUAAUAAAAUGUU